UAGAGUAUACAAAAUGUCAGGAGGUAAAGGAAGAGGUAGGGGAAAAAGUAAAAAUCAACCUAAAACACCACCCAAAUCUUCAAGAAGAUCAAUCCCAUCAUCUCCAAAAACACCAACUACAUCAGGGACAUCCCCAGAAACACCAAUAGCAUCAGGUACAUCUGCAAAAACGUCAACUGUGUCAGGUAAAACUUCAAAAACACCAACCGUAUUAGAUACAUCGUCAAGAACAUCAACUGCAUCAGGUACAUCUGUAAAAACUCCAACCGUAUCAGGUAAAAUUGCAAAAACUCCAACCGCAGUAGAUACAUCUCCAAGGACACCAACCGUAUCAGGUACAUCUGCAAUAUCAAUUUCAAUCCCAUCAGGUGCAAUUCCAGGAACACCAACUGCAUCAAGUACAUCUGCAAAAACGCUAUUCAUAUCACCUGCAUCUUCAAAAAUACCAAUCCCAUCAUCUCCAAUAAGAUCAACUGCAUCAGGUACAUCUGCAAAAACGUCAACUGUGUCAGGUAAAAUUGCAACAACACCAAUCAAAUCAGUUACAUCUCCAGAGACACCAACUGCAUCAGGUAAAUCUGCAAUCCCAAUCCCAUCAGGUACAUCUCUAAAAACAUCAUCUGCAUCAGGAAUAUCAACUACAUCAGAUACAUUUACAGGAACACCAACUACACCUGGAAUAUCUACUGCACCACCAGUAACUCCUAUUUGGCCCCAAAAACCAACUGUUUCGUCACAACUUCCUGCACCUGAACUGUCUUUAUCGCAGGCUUCUUUGUCCCGGCCCAUUUCGUUGCAGUCUAGACCAACUCACCUAGCAUUACCGCAACAAUCAACAUCUGGAACAACAAGUCAGACUUUUUCACGAGGACGAGGUGAUAAACGAGACUUUUCUGAAGGAAGAAGCCAUGAAUCACAAGUUGCUAAAGUCAGAGCUGCUGGAGAUACUUCGUUUAGUAGAGGUGCUGAAAAUACUUCGUUUGGUAGAGGUGCUAUACGAGGUAAAAGAUUACUGUGUACAGAUUCCUUAAUAAUUACAAGACCAGAUAAUCUCCCUACAAAAAAGGGAGUUACUGGUAACCAAAUUACGCUCCAAUCCAAUUAUUUCAAGUUACCAUCUACUACCGACUGGAUUCUUUUUCAACAUAGAGUCGAUUUCGCUCCAGAAGAAGAUAGUAUCUUUGGUAGGAAACAAUUACUUAAAUAUCACAAAGAAAGAUUGGGCGCAUAUAUUUUUGAUGGUACCAUAUUAUAUACAAGUAACCGGUUACCCAAAAACAUAGAACUUUUAUCAAUAAGAGAAACCGACAAUGAAAAAAUUACAAUAACUGUAAGAUUCGUCAGAGAGGUACCUAAAAAUGAUUUUUAUUAUCUACAAUUUUUCAAUUUAAUAAUGAAGAAAUGCUUGGAAUUUUUAAACCUACAAUUAGUUGGUCGUAAUUUUUAUGAUGCACAUAGCAAAAUAGAUAUUAGUCAAUUUAAAUUGGAAUUGUGGCCAGGCUAUUUCACAUCUAUUAGAGAACAUGAAAGAAACAUUCUUAUGUGCGCGGAAAUAACACACAAAGUUAUGCGUCAGGAAACACUGUUAGAUAUAUGGAUAAAUUGUUUAGAAACAGAAAGGAAACCAUAUGAAACGUUUAUUGAUACAGUCAAGGGAACUGUGGUACUUACUGGCUACAACAAUAAUACGUAUAAUAUCCAAGAUGUUGAUUUCAAAUUAAAACCAACUUCUACAUUUAAACUUAAAACAGGAGAGUCAAUUUCAUAUCAGAAUUAUUACAAGAAUAGAUAUCAACUUAAAGUUACGUAUGCAGAUCAGCCUUUGCUCAUUGCAAAACCUAAGCAAAAGUUACGUAAUAUGAAUACUAAUGUAUCGGAUCAAGUGAUUUAUUUAGUUCCUGAAUUUUGUCGUGCGACAGGUUUGACGGAAAAAAUGCGAUCAAAUUUUAAUCUGAUGAAAUCUUUAUCUACGCAUACGCGAGUCUCUCCAGAGGCACGAAUAAAAAAAUUAUUAAAUUUUAAUAGAAGACUCUGCUCCGAACCAAAUAUCAUAUCGGAGUUAAAGAAUUGGAAUCUUAAAUUGGAAAAUAAAUUGAUCGAAGUUCCAGCACGUGUAUUACCUUAUGAAAAUAUAGUUUAUGGUUCACGGACUAAAUCUACUACAUCAGAAGCAAAUUGGACAAAGGAUUUACGUAAUAACAGAUUUGUUUCUUGUACUUCCUUGGAUAAUUGGGUUGUAAUACAAACAUCAUUUACAAGAGCUGAUUGCGAGACUUUCUUAAAAAAUGUUAUGAAGGCUGCCGAUGGAAUGGGAUUUAAUAUAAAACGUCCAGAAAUGAUAAUUAUAAAAGACGAUCGACUGGGCACGUAUCUUGAAGCAUUAGAAUCUUAUUUGAGUAAAAAAAGAACGCAAUUCGUUUUUUGCAUUCUUCCACAUGUUCGUGCUGACCGUUAUAAUGCAAUAAAAAAAAAAUGUUGUGUAGACCGUCCAGUUCCAUCUCAAGUAGUAAUACAGAAAAAUUUAGUUAAAGGAUUGUCCGUAGCUACGAAGGUAGCUAUUCAAAUAAAUUGCAAAUUGGGUGGAGUUCCAUGGUACGUGGAAGUACCACUUUCAGGAUUAAUGGUAGUAGGUUUUGAUGUUUCCCAUGGUAAACAAUCAUGUAAUUAUGGUGCUACAGUAGCAUCUAUAAAUACUAAUUUAAGCAGAUAUGUAAGCGCUGUAAGUUUGCAUACUUAUGGCGACGAAUUAUCAAACGAUAUAUCUACUCAUAUUUGUAAAUUCGUAAUGGUAUAUAAAAAUGUGAACAACAAAUUACCCGAUCGUAUAGUACUCUAUCGCGAUGGCGUUGGGGAAGGCCAAAUAGAGCAAGUCUAUCAACACGAGGUAAAGGAAAUAAGAACAAAUCUUCAGAAAUUGUAUAAAGAACAAGUAGUAAAGUUGGCUGUUAUAAUCGUAAACAAACGAGUUAAUAGUAGAUUGUUUUAUCGUGAUGGUAAUCCACCAUCUGGCACGAUAGUGGAUGACGUGAUUACUAGCCGAGUAAAAUACGAUUUCUUUAUCGUAUCCCAACAUGUUACACAGGGCACUGUUACACCAACCUCAUAUAGUGUAAUAGAUGAUAAUGUUGGUCUCGAUGCAGAUAAAAUGCAACGACUUACAUAUAAAUUGACACAUAUGUACUAUAAUUGGUCUGGUACUGUAAGAGUACCAGCCCCAUGUCAAUAUGCACAUAAGCUUGCAUAUUUAAUUUCUGAAAACAUUAAAACUGUACCGAAUGUUCGUUUGGAACAACUUUUAUAUUAUUUGUAAUUUGGAAGCUUUUUUUCUAUCGUUUAAUAUUGUUAGUGACAUGCGUCCAUCGUACGUAAAUAUACGUAUAUAACAGGUUGGCGAAUUAGUAAAAACUAACAUCUGAAAGUGCUCCGUGUUUUGAAUAAAUAUUUUGUUUUUCCUUUUUUUUGUUUGUUAAACCAAUUUGUUAGAAACAAAAGUUUCUUUUUAUUAUAAACUUUUGGUUUAAUGUGUCUCUCUUUUCUGACGGGAAAUUCUUCAUUGUGUCACUUUCAAUAUAUUAUAAUAUCUUUUAUAAUAAAAAAUAAAAGCCUAAACUUGCACAAUAAUGGGAGACACAAUUGCGAUGCUGUGUGAAAACUAAUAAAUUGUGUUCAACACAAUUAGAUGUAAUUCUUGCAAUAGUGCAACUUAUAUCAGAAUUUCUUCAAAAACGGAGUAAUUGCAGGUGACAAUUGUUAUUGGCACAACACUUAUAUACAUAUUUACACGUAUUAAAUGGAAACUUGACAUAAAACCGAAAAAUGUAUUAUUGUUUAUUUCUAAAGAUUUAGAGAAAAAGGGAUUACUUUUUAGUAUAUAUAGAUAUCUACAUACAAAUGUUUUUUUUUUUUUUAUUAUGAACUUACUCGUAGAUUGUUUUAUUCAACUUAUUAUUGAAGUUAUGUUUUAGUUGUAGAGAGAGUAUUGUUACAUUUAAACAGUUUUUUUUUCUUUUAUUACUAUUUUUUUUUCAUAUAUAUUUUAUGUAUGAGUUAGAAAAUUAAGUUACAUUAUAGAUUUAUUCACAUUACAAUAGAGUCUUAAUUAACCAGAAUGUUCGGGGGACAAACUAGGUGAAUAAAUCGAAGUUCAACAGAUAAUUGAUACUAAUGUGGAAUCAUUUCAAAUACAUUUCUUAUAUGCUAAAUAAAAUUUUGUGUGUGACAAUGUUGUUAUAUCAAAUUAUAUUCAUAAAAAAAUGUUUAUUAUGAAACAUAUAUAGGUAGUUUAUUUUUGUAUGCAACAUUAAAAAAAUAAAAAAAAUAUAUAUAUAAAGAUAAUA